AUGGCUGCCUCACCCACAGAUGAUUUAGUAGAGCCACUUACACUGGACCUUGUUUUGUAUGAGGAUGCCUGGCUUUGCGACAUUUUACCUAUGGCUGAUAAAAAACGACCUUCUGGAGCCCAGUACCGCAAACGAAAGGCAGAACAAGCUAAGGAGCAAGCAAAGCAAGAGGGGUACUUCUUUAGAUACCUUCAUACACAGAAAGCAAAUCAAGAACAAGAAUGUGACUGUACUCUAGUGGAACCUGCCACUGGGGAUGGGGAAGCUGAAUGUUGUGCUCCAACUACAAGUCAUACUGAAGUUUCACAAUUUGGAAAUGUUUCUAGAAAUAAUGAAGAAGAAAAAGAUGUCAAUAACAGUGAGACUAGUAGUAGCACUGCAAAGUCAUCAAAAGAAAACAAUAUUGUGCCUGAUUUGGAUUACAGUGACCCUGCUAAAUGGCCCAACUCUUGCAGUGAUGAACUACGACAGCUUAUAAUUCAACAUGGACCACAGGAGGUUGUAUUACAUGAUUUUCCCAAAGACUCAAAAAACAGACGAUUUUCUACUGUACACUACAAGAGGAGACUGGCAAAUGGUGAAGAAGUGUGUCGCCAAUGUUGUUCAGUAAAAGAAAUGUUGCAAAAGACUGGAAGAACUAUUGGAGCAAUUUUUUCUUCACAUGAGAGGAAUACUGACCAUUUGGAAAACUAUCAAGCCUGGCGUGAACUUGAAUUCAGCUUAUCUAAAGAAAAAACAAUUGAUGCUCUAAACCAGCUGAAAAUUAGGCAAGAAGAACAAUAUUGGCAACAAGUCUUGCAACGCUUUAUUGCUUUGGUAAGAGUUCUUGCCAUGCAAAACUUAUCAUUCCGUGGUACAAAUGACAAGUUGUAUAGUGCCGGCAAUGGAAAUUUUUUAAAGUUUGUCGAAUAUCUAGCCCUUUUUGAUCAUAUCAUGAAUGAACAUUUGCGUAGGGUUAAAGAUCAAGAAACAUUAGUUCACUACCUGGGAAAAGAUAUCCAGAAUGAGCUUAUACAGCUUCUAGCCGGUGCUAUAAAGAAGAAAAUUAUAACAAGUACAACCUCAGCUAAAUACUAUUCAAUUAUUCUGGACUGCACACCCGAUGUUUCUCACAAUGAGCAAAUGACAAUGAUUGUACGUUUUGUUGAUGUAAGCAAACCAUCAGAUAAUGAGUCUGAAAGUAUUACUAUAAGAGAACAUUUCUUAGGAUUUAUUCCACUACAGGAGACUACAGGUGCCUUUAUAGCAGAAACUCUUCUUGAACAGCUGAAGCUAAUUCAAUUGCCAAUUGAAAAUCUGCGUGGUCAAGGGUAUGACAAUGGCAGUAACAUGAAAGGUAAUAUAUAUGAUGCUUUGAUAGAGAUUUUUGAGGAUACAAGCCUAUCAGGUCCAUCUGGAAAUACUUCUCGAGUUGAAGCCAAGGGCCUUGCUGAUGCAGUUAGUAAAUUCAAGUUUGUGGUAUCCCUUGUUAAAUGGUACAACAUCCUUUUUGAAGUCAAUCUUACAAGCAAGCUACUACAAAAUAAGGAAGCUGAUUUAAAUUCAGCUACAAGACAAUUGCAAGUGACCAAGAAUUAUCUCAUAACCUGCAGGUGUGAUAAGGGUUUUCAACAAGUUUUGACAGAUGCUACUGAGAUUGCAAAUGAGAUACAGAUAGUACCAAACUUUGAGACAGAAGAUCAAGUUCGAAACAGGAGAAAGAAACGGCAGUUUGAUUAUGAGGCCCGAGAAGAAGCACCACAAGAUCCAAAGCAGAAAUUCAAAACAGGUUUUUACUAUGCUGUUUUAGACAUGGCAAUACAAUCGAUUGAAGAGAGAUUCCAACAGCUACAAAAAUAUAAUUCACUAUUUGGCUUUCUAUAUGACAUAUACAGUAUAAAGAAAAAAUCAACAGAAGAUUUACUUAAGGACUGUAAUAAUUUGGAAAAGUCAUUGAUGCAUAAUGGAAACAAAGAUAUUGAUGCUGAAGAUCUGCGUUGUGAACUUGAAGCAAUAGCUCGAAGACUUCCAAAGCCUAUGCCGCCACAAGAAGUACUUCUCUUCAUACUACAAAAUAAACUUCUGGAUAACGUGCCCAAUGUUUCUGUUGCUCUGAGGAUCCUUCUCACACUUCCAGUAUCAGUGGCAAGUGGUGAACGUAGUUUCUCAAAGCUCAAACUUAUAAAAAGUUACAUACGUUCUACAAUGUUGGAAAAGAGACUAGUUGGCUUGGCAACUAUAUCUAUUGAACAUACACAGGCAGCAGCACUUGAUCUGGCUGAAAUGGUGACAAAAUUUGCAAAGGAAAAGGCACGCAGAGUGAGAUUUUGAGG